AUGAUCGAGCAAGGUCUUGCCGAUAAUCUUAAUCUCAAAGGUACCCUAGAACCAUUACAUUUGCAAUGGACCGCUAACGUGACUCGCUUCGAAGAAAAUUCUCGUUCAAUUGACCUACAGAUUUCCGGGAAGGAUAAGAGAAAACGAUACUGCUUGAAAAACGCCAGAACAGUCGAGGUCUUAGAGCUCCCGAUUCAGUCCAUUUGCCACCAAGAACUUAUUGAAGAGUAUCCGCAUCUGCGAGGACUCCCUCUAACGGACUAUGAAUUCGCCCGACCACAACUGCUAAUAGGUCUCGAAAAUAUUCACCUUGCCACGCCUCUGAAAAUCUGUGAAGGAGCACAUGGGCAACCGAUAGCCACAAAGACACGCCUAGGGUGGUGUAUCUACGGAGCAAUUCCGUACUUAAAAACACGCAAAUCCUAUCAGCAGCUGUUUCAUGGAAGCGAACAGACUGAAGAUGAGAAAUUAAAUGAAAUUAUAAAGCAACAUAUUAUCAUAGACAACUUAGGUGUACGUAGUACGGGAAUAGCACUCGAGUCCAAUGAAGAUAAACGUGCUCGAGAAACAUUAGAAUCCACCACACGCCGAAUUCCUGGAGGGUUCGAAACCGGAAUUCUGUGGAAAAGCGACAAUGUUGUCUUUCCGGAUGGGUUUUCUAUGGCUCUUAGUCGGUUAAACAGUUUAGAAAAGAAAAUUUAUAAACAUCCGGAUUUGGCCAAUCGCGUGAAGGAACACAUUAACGAAUACCUUGAGAAGGGAUACGCUCAUAAAGCCACUUACGAGGAACUGAAUUCUGCGGAUCCGAAACGAGUCUGGUAUUUACCAUUGGGCGUCGUUAUUAGUCCCAAAAAACCAGAAAAACUGCGACUUAUUUGGGAUGCAUCGUCGAAAGUUCGGAACACCUCAUUCAACUCAUUGGUACUAAAGGGGCCGGAUCUACUCACGUCACUUCCUGCAAUUCUCUUCCGAUUUCGAUCUAGAAGGGUGGCAAUAUGUGGCGACUUGAAAGAAAUGUUCCACCAGAUAAAAAUUCGAAGUGAAGAUCGGUCUGCUCAGAGAUUCUUGUGGAGAGAUGAUCCAUCCGCCAAACCGGAAGUCUACACCAUGGACGUUGCAACUUUCGGUUCUGCCUGUUCACCCUGUUCAGCACAAUACAUUAAAAACCUCAACGCCAAGGACUAUGAAGAUAAAUACCCAGAUGCAGCAGAGGCCAUAAUCAAUGGUCAUUAUGUCGACGACUAUUUAGACAGCAAAGAUACAGAAGAGCAAAUAAUCAGUCUGACCAACGAUAUUCGAUUCGUACAUCGCCAAGGUGGGUUUGAAAUCCGAAAUUUCAGGUCUAAUUCUUCAUACGUUCUUAAAGCCAUCGACGAGAUCCCCCUUCCGCCUAAAGAGUUGGGCGUAUUUCCGAAAGAAAUAGAAUCCGUACUGGGCAUUCAAUGGUUGCCAGUAAACGAUGUCUUUACCUUUUCCCUGAAUCUUCCGAACUUUGACUGCAAGCUGGUUGAUGGUUCAAUUCGCCCUACAAAACGCCAAAUACUAAGAAUAAUAAUGACCAUCUAUGACCCACUCGGAUUGCUGGCCGCAUUCAUAAUUCAAGGAAAAAUAAUCAUACAAAAACUGUGGAAAACUGGAUGUAACUGGGACGACGAAGUAAAUGAUGAAAUAUUCUCUAACUGGAAACGAUGGACAAAUUUGUUCUCUGGAUUGGGUAACAUUCAUAUUCCAAGAUCCUACUUCGGGGCGGCUGUCCCCGAGCUUUGCAAACCAAUCCAACUCCAUGUGCUUGUCGACGCCAGCGAAGAGGCAUAUGCUUGUGUCGCCUAUUUUCGCUACACCGACGGAGGCGUAAUUCGGUGUUCCCUAGUGGGUGGGAAGUCUAAGGUCGCCCCUGUUAAAACGCUGUCCAUACCAAGGCUCGAACUACAGUCAGCAGUGUUGGGAACACGCCUAGCAGAUUUCAUACAAAAAAACCAUCAAAUACCAAUAACUGAACGGUUUUUCUGGACCGACUCAGCGACAGUGCUCCACUGGAUUCAUUCUGAUACACGCAAGUAUCAUUCAUACGUGGCGUGUAGGAUUGGAGAAAUUUUAACAUCAACAAACAUCAUGGAAUGGAAAUGGGUUCCUUCUCGCAGCAACGUAGCCGACGAAGCCACCAAAUGGGGUCGGGGACCAUGCUUUGAAGCUGAGAGCAGAUGGUUGCGUGGACCAGAUUUCCUCUGGGGCAGCGAAGAUUCGUGGCCUGAACAAAAAUGGAAUCCAGCAAACGGGAAUGAAGAAUUGCGCUCAAGUCACUUUCAUGCAAAGAAAACCGAUGAGAAACUAAUUGACGUUCACCGAUUCCACAAGUGGGAGAGAAUGCAACGAACAAUCGCGUAUGCAUUUCGAUUUGGCACCCCGCGAAGUCGCAGCGAAACAUCAAACGAACCGAAGUCUCUAGAACUCCUCGACCAAAAGUAUCUACGCCAAGCUGAAAUGGUAUUACUGCAGAUUAUCCAACGAGAAUCGUUUCCAGAGGAAAUGGUCGCAUUACGGAGAGUCCAAAAUAAAAAGCCUGCGGGGGUGGUGCCGAUCACCAGUCCGCUAUACAAAUUAUCAGCUUACAUCGAUGAAGAGGGAUUGGUCAGAAUGGACGGUCGUAUCGGCGCCGCCCCCAACUUGCCGAUCGAAGCUAAGUGUCCUAUAAUCCUAGCCAAAAACCAUCCUAUAACGUUCCUUCUUGUAGAUUACUAUCACCGCCGCUACUUGCAUCGAAAUGCCGAAACUGUUUUCAACGAGAUUCGCCAGCUUUUCUACAUAACGGGACUUCGGAAGCUGAUACGCACUGUAGGUUCCCGUUGUCAAUGGUGCAAGGUCUACGGCAGUUCCCCGAUGCAACCGAUGAUGGCUCCUUUACCGAAGGCUCGGCUCGUAGCGUUCCAGCGACCUUUCACCUACGUUGGUCUGGAUUACUUUGGACCAAUCCUGGUUAGGGUUGGUCGAUCGCAUGUGAAGCGCUGGGUAGCGCUCUUCACAUGCUUUACAACCAGGGCUAUCCAUCUCGAAGUCGCCCACAGCCUCUCCACUGUCUCCUGUAAAUUCUGCAUACGCCGCUUUAUAGCUCGACGUGGUGCUCCAGCCGAAAUAUACACCGAUAAUGGCACAAACUUUAGAGGAGCCGCUAAUGAGCUGCAACGUCAACUUAACAACAUCAACCAAAGAUGCGCGGAGACAUUUACUAACACCAACACCAAAUGGUACUUCAACCCACCAGCGCACACAGGGGAAAAUGAUGUGAAAAGGUGA